CGCACACACAUACACACAGACACACUCACAGAGCCUCUACCUGCCUCUACUUGUCUGAUCUGGGCAGAUGGCUCUUGGUUUUUGGGUCGCCUCAUCCUGCAGCCCACUUCAGUUAGACCCUUUCUUCUGUGGAGACUGGCAAGCCGUGGGGUGAAGGAUUCGGCAAAGUUGCCUGUCUUCAGAGUAUGAAGGACGCUUUCCAGAGAGGAAAGAGGGUUAUAUUCAGUGUUUGGGCCCAGUCAGUAUUGGGCUCUCCACUGCCUAUCCUUUGCAGAACUGUCAGUGGCCUCUGGUUGCAAACUCUCCGUGGCUUUGAAGCCCACAAAACAAAAACUGAAAGAGUGUCCAAGAAGAAGAGAAGAAAACGUUGUUGGUCCCUGGAUUCCACUGUUGGAUUUUGGUGGGGAUGAGAAGAGAGAACUGCUGGGCAUAAUCAAGCCAAGGUACAUGCACAUUAAGGCUUUAAAGAAUGCGUUCCAGAAGCAGUGACACAGAGGGCUCAGCCCCAAAGCAGUUUCCAAGACAUAGUAAAGGCCAUGGUUUCCAAGGGCCUGAGGACAUGAAGCAGAGGCAGCAAGACAAAGACCCCACCAAUGAGUCGGAGGCAAUUCUUCCCUGUUCUAAGUCACACGGUGGUAUCGGUCACCAAGGAGAGGACCUCUCAAGAGAUGAUCUAUUAUUUCUUCUGAGCAUUCUGGAAGGAGAACUACAGGCUCGAGAUGAAGUCAUAGGCAUUUUAAAGGCUGAAAAAAUGGACUUGGCUUUGCUGGAAGCUCAGUAUGGGUUUGUCACUCCAAAAAAGGUGUUAGAGGCUCUCCAGCGAGAUGCUUUUCAAGCAAAAUCUGCCCCUUGGCAGGAGGACAUCUAUGAAAAACCAAUGAAUGAGUUGGACAAAGUCAUGGAAAAACAUAAAGAAUCUCAUAGACGAAUCCUGGAACAGCUUUUAAUGGCAGAAAAAUCUCACAGGCAAACCAUAUUGGAGUUGGAGGAAGAAAAGAGAAAACAUAAAGAAUACAUGGAGAAGAGUGAUGAAUUCAUAAGCUUACUAGAACAGGAAUGUGAAAGAUUAAAGAAGCUAAUUGACCAAAAAACUGAGUCCCAGGAGAAGGAGGAGCAAGAAAAGGAAAAGAAGGUCACCGCCCUGAAAGUGGAGCUGACCAAACUGAAGUCUUUUGCUUUGAUGGUGGUGGACGAACAACAAAGGCUGACGGCACAGCUUGCCCUUCAAAGACAGAAAAUCCAAGACCUAACCACAAGUGCGAAGGAAACACAUGCUAAACUAGCCCUCACUGAAACCAGAGUUCAGGAAGAAGAGCAGAAGGCAAACAGACUAGAGAAAGAACUGCAAACACAAACCACAAGGUUUCACCAGAACCAAGAAACAAUUAUGGCAAAGCUCACCAAUGAGGACAGCCAAAAUCGCCAGCUUCGACAAAAAUUGGCAGCACUCAGCCGGCAAAUCGAUGAAUUAGAGGAGACAAACAGGUCUUUACGAAAAGCAGAAGAGGAGCUACAAGAUAUAAAAGAAAAAAUUAACAAGGGAGAAUAUGGAAACUGUGGUAUCAUGGCUGAGGUAGAGGAGCUCAGAAAACGUGUGCUAGAAAUGGAAGGGAAGGAUGAAGAACUCAUAAAAAUGGAGGAGCAGUGCAGAGAUCUCAAUAAGAGGCUCGAAAAGGAAACAUCACAGAGUAAAGACUUUAAACUUGAGGUUGAAAAACUCAAUAAAAGGAUUAUGGCUUUGGAAAGAUUAGAAGAUGCCUUCAACAAGAGCAAACAAGAAUGUUAUUCCCUGAAAUGCAAUUUAGAAAAAGAAAGGAUGACCACAAAGCAGUUGUCACAAGAACUGGAGAGUUUAAAAGUAAGGAUCAAAGAGCUAGAAGUCAUUGAAAGUCGGCUGGAAAAGACAGAAUUUACCCUAAAAGAGGACUUAACUAAAUUGAAAACGUUAACUGUGAUGCUGGUAGAUGAAAGAAAAACAAUGAGUGAAAAAUUAAAGCAAACUGAAGAUAAGUUGCAAGCUGCUUCUUCUCAGCUUCAAAUGGAGCAAAAUAAAGUGACGACGGUUACCGAGAAGUUAAUUGAGGAAACAAAAAGGGCACUAAAGUCCAAAACUGACGUGGAAGAAAAAAUGUACAGUGUCACCAAGGAGAGAGAUGAUCUAAAAAACAAACUGAAAGCAGAAGAAGAGAAAGGAAAUGAUCUCCUGUCCAAAGUUAAUAUAUUGAAAAAUAGGCUUCAAUCAUUGGAAGCAAUUGAGAAAGAUUUCCUAAAAAACAAAUUAAAUCAAGAUUCUAGUAAGUCCACCACAGCAUUACACCAAGAAAACAAUAAGAUUAAAGAGCUCUCUCAAGAAGUGGAAAGACUGAGACUGAAGUUAAAGGAUAUGAAAGCUAUUGAGGAUGACCUUAUGAAAACAGAAGAUGAGUACGAGACUCUAGAACGUAGGUAUGCUACUGAACGAGAUAAAGCUCAAUUUUUAUCUGAAGAGCUGGAACGAGUUAAAAUGGAGCUUGACAAGUACAAGUUAGCAGAAAAGACAGAGUCCAGCCAUGAACAAUGGCUUUUCAAAAGGCUUCAAGAAGAAGAAGCUAAGUCGGGACACCUCUCAAGAGAAGUAGAUGCAUUGAAAGAGAAAAUUCAUGAAUACAUGGCAACUGAGGACCUGAUAUGUCAUCUCCAGGGAGAUCAUUCAGUUCUGCAAAAGAAACUCCAUCAACAAGAAAACAGGAACAGAGAUUUAGGAAGAGAGAUUGAAAACCUCACUAAAGAGUUAGAGAGGUAUCGGCAUUUCAGUAAGAGCCUCCGGCCUAGCCUCAAUGGAAGAAUCAUCUCUGACCCUCAAGUAUUUUCUAAAGAAGUUCAGACAGAAGUAGUAGACAAUGAGCCACCAGAUUACAAGAGUCUCAUUCCUCUGGAACGAGCAGUCAUCAAUGGUCAGUUAUAUGAGGAGAGUGAGGACCAGGAUGAGGACCCUAAUGAUGAGGAAUCAGUGCUGUCCUUCAAAUGCAAUUCAUCUACCCCCUGUCCUGUUAACAGGAAACUAUGGAUUCCUUGGAUGAAAUCUAAGGAGGGCCAUCCUCAGAAUGGAAAAAUACAAACUAAACCCAAUGGCAACUUCAUGCAACCUGGAGAUCUAGUCCUAAGCCACACACCUGGGCAGCCACUUCAUAUAAAGGUUACUCCAGACCAUGUCCAAAACACAGCCACUCUUGAAAUCACAAGUCCAACCACAGAGAGUCCUCACUCUUACACAAGCACUGCAGUGAUUCCAAACUGUGGCACUCCAAAGCAAAGGAUAACCAUCCUCCAAAAUGCCUCCAUAACACCGGUGAAAUCCAAAACUUCUGCUGAAGGCCUCAUGAACUUAGAGCAAAGCAUGUCCCCAAUUACCAUGGCAACCUUUGCCAGAGCACAGACCCCAGAGUCUUGUGGUUCUAUAACUCCAGAAAGGACAAUGUCACCUAUUCAGGUUUUGGCCGUGACUGGUUCAGCAGGCUCUCCUGAGCAGGGACGUUCCCCAGAGCCGAUAGAAAUCAGUGCCAAGCAUGCGAUUUUCAGAGUCUCUCCUGACCGGCAGUCAUCAUGGCAGUUUCAACGUUCAAACAGCAACAGUUCAAGUGUGAUAACUACUGAGGAUAAUAAAAUCCACAUUCACUUAGGAAGUCCUUACAUGCAAGCUGUGGCCAGCCCCGUGAGACCUGCCAGCCCUUCAACACCACCACAGGAUAACCGAACUCAAGGCUUAACUAAUGGGGCACUAAACAAAACAACCAAUAAAGUCACCAGCAGUAUUACUAUCACACCAACAGCCACAACUCUUCCUCGACAAUCACAAAUUACAAUCAAGGAGGUAUGCAAGCAGAGAAUCCCAACACGGAUCCCCAAACCAAAAUCUACAGGCAACACUAAGCUUUCCCCUAAAGCUCCCCCAGGGCCUAUGGAUAAGUCCAUUCACCACACUGGCUGUGGGAAGCUACACAUCAUAAGGACUGUCACCUCUAACACUUUCCUCCACAUGGGAGGGAAAAGGUAAGUCAUACCAAUGCACUGUCUGGAUACAUCCAUCUACAGAAAUAUCUGGAAAGCUAAAAUUACCAGUAUGAAGGCCAAAGAGGAAAGGCCAUCUCUCUAAGAAAUGGUGAAGUGGCAAAAUGACAAAUAAUGCAUUCACAGGUUGCUGGACCCGGUAAACAGGAUCCUAAAAGAGCAGCGCAUCUAUGAUUGUUUUACCUGUAGUGUGUAUUUUUAUAUACACACAAACAGGAGUACAUAGCCCAAAUUCUUCCAAUUCCUCAUUCUAUUUGUAAUCCACUCCAAAGUUGGACCUUUUAUCAUUACCAUGGGGUAUGACUGAAUUCAUUAGAAUGGUUCAAAAGUUUUCUGGUGAACUCAGAAGUAACUCUUUCAUUUCACAGAACUUUACUGGAUAUUUUGCUAAGAGGAUAUGCUAGCAAGAAUUCCUAAUCUGCUUCAACUAAGUCAGAUUAUUUCCAUCAAAAUGGCAGCACAAUUAAAAUCAUACUUUAAGGUCUAGAACUAUGAUUUCUUUACAACCAGGAGGAGAAAAAAAAGUGGUAAUUCUUAGUUACAAAGAAGAAAGGAACAACAAAAAUGAGUAACUAUUGAAUACAUCCUUUGUGUCGGACCUGAUAAUCACUGGUGUAAUAUACACACUUGACUACUGGCAGUUAGUCUUCUGUCCAUUUUUUCUAGUAAGUUGCCCUUUCUAUAUAUGCCCGGCCAUGGAAUCACUUUGCUAGACUUAUAAGGAAAACCAUUUUAAAUCGGCAUUUCUGCUUUCUAAAGCAAUCAGGACAUUUAAGAGUCAAAGGUCACCAAUACUGAGAUCUUUUAGGGAGAUACAAAUCACUGUCCUGGGUGUUUAAAAAAAGGCAACAAUUUAUCAUCCCAUCAGACAUUCUUCAAUCACAUCACUUCCCCAAAUCAGUGCUAUAGAAAAACACAGUCAACUCAGCAAGACUCAAAUUCCAAUCCUAAUUUUUUACUCAUUUGACAAUGAGCUUGGCAUUCAUCGUUGUAGGCCUUGAGUUUCUUGUAUGUAAAACAAAAGAGCUGAAUAAUUCUUUAGGUACCUUGCAGUUCUGAUAACGCAUGAAUACGUCCAACUAAGAAUGUUGAAUUCCACCAGUCAUCUACAAGGCGAGACUCACUCCCCUGGCAGUAGUAAGCUAAAGUAAUUCUUUCAUCACAUUUAAAACUCUCUUACUCAAUUAAGAGAAAGGUGUGUAUAAUUCAGUGUGGACAGAGCAACACAAUAAUGUUACAAGGCAUUUUAAAAAAUAUUUAUUUUUGAGAGAGACAGAGAGGGAGCUAGAAUGAGAGGGGAGGGGCAGAGAGCGAGCAAGACAGAGGAUCCGAUGGAGGCUCUGCACUGACAGCAGAGGCUGAUGUGGGGCUCGAACUCAGGAACCACAAGAUCAUGAAUUGAGCCGAAGUUGGAAGCUCAACCGACUGAGCCCCCAGGUGCCCAGACAAAUAAGGCAUUUUUGACAUGAGAGACAGAGGUAUAUUGCACUAAGCGGCAGUCAGGAAAAAAAAUUCUAUGAAGAGCAUGAUGCAAGGAUCUCUGUGAUUCUGCACCAAGAACUGGAGACAUGAUCCUGGAAGAAAUCCUGAAGGACAGUGCUUUAACCUUCUAUCCUGGGAUGGAGCCAGGAAUACCAUUCUCCACACUCAUCCAGCCAAGCCUGGUUCAAUGUGCUCAUGUCACUGUACAAACACCCCUGGCCCACUCCAAUUUCAAUGAGGAGGAACAGGAAAUUUGGGUAGCAUUGAGCUAUGAAAGCUAAAGAGAGAGAUGAUGUGCAGCAGUCCCAGCAGGCAAGUGGCAGAGGGAGAAUGCAGAGGAGGUCAGGUGAAUUAAAAGCCUAAAGCAGAAAAGCCUAAGUUGAAAAGCAGUAAGAGACUAGUGGAAGGGAGUAGACUACAAAAGAAGGUGAUGAAGCUCUAACAUAAAAAUAAGAGAGAAACAGUUCAAAAGGAAGUGCAGAGUAAUAACAGGUGGAUGUUGCAAUGGGAAAAUGUGUAGAGUGCUUAGUGCCAUGCCUGCAUUAUGCAGGUAAUGUUAAGUGAACAGAGAAUGAAUGAAUGAAGGAGAGAAGGGCCAUUCAGUCAACAUAUAAGUGAGAAAAUGUGCUAAGAGAUGAUAAUGGUAUAUGAUAGGGUCUGGAAAAGCAAUUAUGCCAGGUGACAUUCAAUACUGAUAAUUAUGCUAAAGGAGAUAAAAAAACAGAUUGAAACUGAACAGAUUGAAAAGAAGCAUAAAACAGGAAAAACAAGCACCAGAAAUAUUCCCAGAAAAGCAAAAGACCCUGGGAACGUUUUUACCUUGUAGAGGAGCACAAAAUAUGUUGCAUGUUGGAUAUUUCUAAAUGGUUUUCUCCUAGGUCAGGAGACUCCUUAAAGUGCCAUGCCAACCUGCCAUAAAUUAAAGAGAAGCAAGAAAAGAAAGACAAGAUACUGUACAAAGUACUAAAAAAGAGUUGGAAAAUAGUGACACUUCUAUGGCAAGCACUAAAAUCCUGUAUUUAAAUGGUAACAGUUCUAAUCCAAUUAAGACAAAAGUCUUUAAAAUAACAAAGUCUAUUUCAACAAAAGGAUCACAAACCAAAAACCAAGCUAAUUUUUUUAAAUUUUUUUUUUAUGUUUAUUUAUUUUUGAGAGAGCGAGGGACAGAGCGUGAAUGAUGGAGAGGCAGAGAGAGAGGGAGAGGGAGACACAGAAUCCGAAGCAGGCUCCAGGCUCCAAGCUGUCAGCACAGAGCCUGAUGCAGGGCUCGAACUCAUGAAAUGCAAGAUCAUGACCUGAGCUGAAGUCAGACACUAACUGACUGAGCCACCCAGGCACCCCAAACCGUGCUUAUUUUACAGCAAUACGUGACACAAUAAAAACGCAUAAGCAGCUUACAACUGGGAAUACUAUUUGGAGCUCAACAAAAUGGUGUUUGAUCUGUAACACAACUGAAACAUGAAGAAUCUUGUCUCCUGAACAUAAUCCUAUUUCUGCAGAAAUGCGGACCCUCUGAAAACAAUAAAAAUAAAAGAAUCUAUCCUAAUAUAAAUUUUAAGUUAAAUUUUUAAAAGAAAGCAGAUAAAAACCCAAGUGAAUAAAAACAAAUCCAAUUUGUAACAAGAAUUUUAAUAACCUGAAACUUUUGUGCUGGAGUCCUUCCUCAGCCCUUCAUUUGUUUAGCUUCAGUGAUUUCUGAACUAAUUCCCUUUUAACUAUUUGGAAUAUAGUAUCUGUUUUAAUAAGAAUGUGACUAAUCUAAUAUAUGACUGAUAAUAAUGGACUAAGUAAUGGAGUAACUGAUGUAAAAUGCAAUCCUCUCUGGAAUAUGUUUCAAAUUCCUAUUUUAAGGAACAUGUGACAUACAACUCAGGUUCUGACACUGAAUCUGGGGCAGGGGUAUGCAAACUGCAGCCCACAAGUCAAAUGUGGCCAUAAACAUCUGUUUAUGUAUGCCUUGCAAGUUAAGAAUAGCUUUUACAUUUUCAAAUAGUAAAAAAAAAAAAAAAAAGAAGAA